AAAUAAAGAUGAGUGGCUGGACGGGCGAAGGCGUGGUUAUUCUGUUGAGAGUUCGACACUCCUGUUGGCUCCCCGGACUGACGAGGGAUGGAUCUGUACCAGAACAUGGCGGUAGAAGAGAACGAUGUCGGAUGGAGGCGAGACAUUAAGAAAGACCCAAAAACACCGGGGCCAGGCAUGGGUCCACUUCGGGGGGGCCCGCAACACGCAGGUGCUCAGGAACUUGCAAAUUUAUAUUCACCAGGGAAACGGUUCCAGGAAUGGGUCAGCGUUGUCCUCUGCUUCUCUCUCAUGGCCUUCAACUUCUGCCACCUCCUUGCCAACUUCCAUCUGAGUCACCUGUGGUACAUUCUGAUUGGCAUAGUUGCAGGAAUCCUGACUGCGGAUUUCGCCUCUGGGUUGGUCCACUGGGGGGCCGACACUUGGGGGUCGGUGGACCUGCCAAUCGUUGGAAAGGCCUUCAUCCGACCCUUCCGGGAGCACCACAUCGACCCCACCGCCAUCACCCGCCAUGACUUCAUCGAGACCAACGGGGACAACUGCAUGCUGACCCUGCUGCCUCUGGCGAACAUGGCCUUCAGCUUCCUCACCCUGUCCCCAGCGGAGCUGUAUCACAAGUACCCGUGGGACUGCUACGUCUUCGCCCUGGCCAUCUUCGUCACCCUCACCAACCAGAUCCACAAGUGGUCGCACACGUACUUCGGGCUGCCGCUCUGGGUCACCGUCCUGCAGGACUGCCGCAUCAUCCUGCCCCGCAAACACCACCGCGUGCACCAUGUGUCCCCGCACGAGACCUACUUCUGCAUCACCACAGGCUGGCUGAACUACCCUCUGGAGAAGCUUGGCUUCUGGCGUCACCUGGAAGACCUCAUCCAGAGCGUAACGGGGGAGAAGCCCAGGUCCGACGACAUGCAAUGGGCCCAAAAGAAGUGACCCGGCCCGCUGAAGGCAACACCCCUUUCUCAUCUCAGAAGACUGUACCCCUCACCUCUUGGCCACUAGCCUAAAAUCAAAUGAGCCCUCAACGGUAGAGACAGUAGAUUUAACUUGGCUGCCCCAUCAGCAAUGGCACCGCUUUAAGUCUGCAGGUUUUACAUCAUUAGUUUCAGUUCAGUUCAGUCGAAUGUUUUCACUGUAGCCUUUGUCAGGAGGGGUUUUACAAAAGACUCAAAGUCCCAGGAUAGGGAAGGGGUGGGUGUGGCCUGUGCUUUGCUUGGAUGACACUGACACUGAAGCUUAAGGCCCGCCCCUGUAAAGCACCUGCCUCCGCCUCUUUCGCCCAACCCACCCCCUCAGCAGAUGUCAAGUGGCCAAAGAGAAAGCCGUCAACCGCAGAUGGCCGCUGUUCCACAAAGACUUCUAAAGCCAGACGUUCUUCCCAAAUCAAUACUUGAAGAACAAGUAGAAGGGGCUUCCGACUAGUCCCCGUGUUUUUCCAUGGAGAGGAAAAUAAGAAACCUGUUACUGAGACAAGCUCCUUUUUUCUUUUUUGGUGUGUCCGCUUAGCUAUUUGGUGUCUCUAAGAAUAGCAUUGGGAAUAUAGCCUGUUACAUGCAUUUGUGUCCUCCUCAUCCUCUGUGCACUUAAGAGAUGGGGGCUCUAGCCCAGUCGCAUCUUUCUAACUGGGCCAUUAUCUCAGAGGCCUUGGCGAGCUGGAGCUCAGAUCUUCUUUCUUCGUCUAAUGCCCUUGUCUGGACGAGCGGGGCCUAUGCUAUACAGUACUGUGCAAGUAGCCUUAUGUACGUCAGAUGCAGUAGACUGUCUACAUCAUCUUUUUACAGACCGCCUUUUCUUUGCAUGACCAUGAAGGUCUUCGUUGCCCUAUCUUGGUUCUCUUCAGCAACUGGGGGAACUGGAUUGCCUUAUAUUUAUGAAUUGCAUGUGCAUAUUUAGGCAUUGCUGAUCAUUUAAUCUUUGACCUCAGAUCCCACUGUACCUCUCCAGAGACGCACAGCACUUGUGCCUGAAACUGAAAUUGUGCUCAGUUCCAGAGCAGCAGUGUGAGGCCUGGGUCGAGCUUCAGCUCACAGACCGAGCGCACGAGCGAUUGGCUAAUGCAGGCGUGCACGGCAAGGGCGAGGACUGGCAGUGCUUGUCAGAAGAAUGAGGUCCACUUUAGGUGAAAGAAAUUAGAUUACAGAUGAAUAUCUGUUAAUGUUAUAUAGAAUCUGCAUUUUGCUUUUGUAGUGAACAUUGUCUUAAAAUUGAAACCUAAAAAGAGCUUGGCAUGGCUGAUUGUCUGGCACGGCUGAUGCCAUGCGCAUUUAAUUCUUGACUUAAGCUGAAAUGCCUUUUUACACCAUACACGUUUCUGCCAAACUGACUCGAUAUAUAGUUAAUAGUAGUUGUAUAGUAUUUAGUUAAUAAGCUGAAGUUAUAAAGAAAAAAUGUCAGCAGUAGUGUAGUACUCUUAUUUCAACCCCUAAUUUCAAAACAUUUAUCAUUUUAGAAACGUGUAUGUUAGGAGCAGACCUCAGUUUAGAAAAUACAAAAAAAAGAAAAAACAUUGCACAGCCUAGAUACUUUUCCCCAGACUCACCCUACUAUUAUUUUGAUUGCCAUUGUGAUGUCAUUUUUAACUGCUGUAGCCAUUUUGCACAAAAUCCAGUCAAUGUGACCUUAAAAAUGUUAAGCAGUAAGUUUUGUGAUUCACAACUGCAUUUCUGUUUGUUGAGGGCAAGUUUAAUGUUACAAAGCCAGAGCCCCUCAGAUCAUAAAAUAGAUUCAUUAUUUAUGAUGAAACUAGAAUGUAUCAAGCAUGCUCAUAUUUUGAAUUCUAGGACAAUUAUACUGUGUAUGACUGCUGACCUGCAUUUCUAUCAAUUUAAAAUUGAUCUUAAGCAUUCAUAAAAUAAUCUCAAGUAAAUUAUUGCUUUAAAAUGUAAAGGUGGCAACAUUCUGUUUAGAUAUACCUGAUAUACUUCCUGUUUGAGAUUUUAAGUUCACAUUUUCAUUUAUCAUUUUUUCCCCAUUUUGGAGAAGGGUUUAUACAUUGUUGGAUCAACAUAGUAGAGCAGUAUUUCAGAUUAAUAUGGCUACAGUAGCUACAUCACAAUACACUGGCAUAGCAUGGCAGUGGUGAUCUUGGAUGACAAGUCAGAAUGAUUAUAAAAAUUGUGUAUGUUUUGUAAUCAGCUAACUGCUUGGAUAAUCAUUCUGAACCAUAUCCUUUAACCAUAGAAAUCAAUCCUCCAUUUGAUUAUGGACUGAUUACUCCUCAGUAGCCCAUGUCAUCGACCGCAAAGCUACUCAAGUCAAAUCGUAAGGCGCAUCAAAUUUUUAUUUUUGACCAGACUUCUCUUCAAAUAAUGAAACCUUAUUUCAUUCUAGUCACUUGCAGGUAAUAGGUUACUGGGGCUGGUUUUUGUUAGAUGAGUGUCUUUUUAUGAAUGGUUAAGAAGAUUUUUAUUAUAUUUAUGGUAAAAUGGCAGUCAGCAUUGGGGAUUCUCCCUUUAUAUAAUCACACUUGUAAGGUGUGAUUUUAUUUAUGGUUUAGAUGGGGGCUGUGCUUAUGUAGAGAGCACUGUGGGGAUGUAACAGUUUUGCAUACGCAGAAUUGUGGGCCGUGCUCAGUUUUCCACAUUCAGAUUACUUCACUGUAUAUCUUCCACUGUAUUACUUCACAAGGGGUUAUUAUGAAGACCCUUGGAUGUUUGGUAAGGGGAGGGGGGGGGGGGGGGGGGGGGGGUGAGGAACUGACCGUUUUUUAAUAAAUAAACAUCUGUGCUUAUGUUAUAGUAGGACCAUGAUGGCUAUGGUUGUGAAGCCACCUGUGAGGUUUCCUUGACUUUGUUGGAUUAGUAUGGCAUUAUUUUUAGCUGCCUUAUCAUCUUGUAGAUCAACAGCCAUCUGACUGUAGCUGCAGAUUUUAGUGUCCCACUCAAAUAUGACAAUUGGUCAGUUAACUUGGGGUUUUGGGUGUUUUCCCCCCAGUAUUGGAUAAUUUUACAGGUAAAAGUAUAAGACAUGCUUUCUUCAAUCUUUCAGUCCUUUUUAGGUUUAAUGUGUCGCAGGUUCAUUCAGUAUACUGUAAUACUACACUAGACACUGUUUAAAAUAAAUAGAUAGUUGUUAGUUCAUAAAUGUAGUCUAUUGGAGCGUAUAAUGGAAAAGAGCAUAUUCCAACACUAAGCUGAAAACACAAUGAAAUAUGGCAACUUUAAUACCAGUAAAGUAUAAUUUGGUUAGUUGAGCAAAGUAACAGCUGCAUUGAAUAACAUGAUAGUUUAUUCUGGAAAAGUUUAAAGGAAAACAUUGGCAAUAGAAAGAAAUUGUCUUUGAAGAAUCCACUGUUUUAAAAACUGCUGUACCUCAAUUUAUGAAAACAAGUUUUGCUGAACACACAUGCAUGAAGAUGCAAUGACAUCAUAAGCACACAUAGUCAGCAAAUCAUUUUUAUUUUUUCAGACUUGUAAGAUGUCUUUUUUUUUUGCAAAAAGAAAAACUAUGCACUGCACACAAAAACUUGUGAGGAGAAGAACUUGUGUUUUUUUAUUGUAUUUCAAGUAAAUUGGGAACAUUGUUUGCUAUAAAAAUGGAGCAAAUGCUUAAAAGGACACCUACGGUUGUCAGAGAAAAAAAACAAAUGGUGAUUGCCUGGGCAUAUUCAGCAUUUAUAAAGUUGGCUUCUGAGUACAAUUAAGUUUGUGAGUUGAACUUUCAGCUGAACACUUUCAUUGUUCAGUUAUAAUGAUUCGUUAUGUUCUUUCAGGAAGGCUUGGACACAAUUUCAAGUUCCUAAGGGUAUUGCAUGUUUAAUGCACAUUGUAAGGUAAACAGCAGGCGAUUUAAGACGGAGCAACCCUUGCUGCUUCUGUUGGCACAUUUUCCAAAUUAAUUAGCAAAAUGAAAAUGAUGCCGGUUGGUGCCUGCACAGCAAAUGGCUUUCUGUAAUCGUGUGCAUCAAUGUUCCGAAAAUGUCACACCUUGAAAAUAUGCAGUUUGUCGUAAAGAAUUCCACAGCAUGAACCAUUGAUCAUGUGUAGAAACUGGUUGGUGGCAUUAGCCUCCUGAGGGGGAAUGCUAAAGGUUAAAGGCUGACAUUCCUUUUGAACCUAUUUUAAUUUUAAGACUGUGUGGGAGCUGGGAGUGCUUUAAGGUACUUGGGUGCAUUUGGUUGCACAAAGGUAUCUGAAAACUGAACAAAAACAGUGAUAUUUCCAGAAAUUAAAGCUUGAAAUGAAAGAACUGUGGAAAUGUGGGAACGUGGCGGCUGUCCUACCUCUGAUUGUCAUAUCCUUCCAUCAUUUUGAAAUGCACGAUUAUAUCAAAAAUUAAAAUGAGGAAACUGCUUUCAUUUUUUUAUAUAUAGUGAAGGGUAUUCAAUAUAUUUUAAAAAAUCAAAUGUAUGUAUUUAAUAAUAGAACCCUCAUCUUAAGACCGUGAGGCUGUAUGUUUCAGGAAACAUUACAUUUGUCAUGUUUGAUGGGAUCAAGUUGGAAGGGAAAAUGUAUUGGAAAAUGAUUGAAGAAUGAUUUUCAUUAAUUGAGAGAUAGACGUUCCAUGUUUCCUGAGAGUGAAAAUGGCUAUUUCCACAAAACCAAAACAAACCCACAGUCAAAUUUUGGAAAUUGUGUAUGCUGACACCUAAUCUGGCAUUCGUAUCAUUUGUAGCACUAUCUCAUGUGAGAAUAUGUCCAUUUGGGGUUUGCAUAAUAAGGGUUAAGGUGUAUUAAAGGAAUUAGAAUUUCACAACAGUUUAUCCAAAAGCAAAAAACAAGGUUUUGUUGAUUAAAUUGACCUUAAAAUAUUCAGAAAUAUUGAACAAAUAGAUAUUUUAAAUAUGACAGUAUAUGCUUGAUUCCUGGAUUGUUUUGAGCUCAAGUCGGUUUUUGCACUGAACCAGAAAUGUAUAGAUAUUGAAAUGCAUUGAUUUGUAGCUUUUCAUUUAAUCUGAAGUAAGCAAGUUGGUGGUUUUGUUGGUGAAGUAUGUUUGGAGUGAUUCACUUUUUUGUAAAUAUUAGAAACAAUGCCUUGAUGCCUUUUUGUUGUCUGCUCUUGGGGAGACUAAUGUUACAGUGUAUAUACAUAGUACAUUAUAUUUAUAAGGAAACAAAAUAAACAAAUAUGUACUAACAUGUCUUCUUUUUUA